AUGAGUAAAGGAACAGAAUCCAACCUGACCUUUGUGGACAGUGAGAACUGGACUUCCCCAAAUACUUCCAACAAGGAAUCUGUCAUACCUCAGAGCAACAUCACUUACGUUGGAUAUUACCUUCAUCAGCCCUCUGUAGCUGCUAUUUUCAUAGCUUCUUACCUGCUCAUAUUCUUGGUGUGCAUGGUUGGGAAUGGAGUUGUGUGUUUCAUCGUGCUGAGGAGUAAGAAUAUGCGCACUGUUACUAAUCUCUUCAUCCUUAAUCUGGCCAUCAGUGACCUUCUUGUCGGGAUAUUCUGCAUGCCAACAACUCUUCUUGACAACAUCAUAACAGGCUGGCCUUUUGGAAGCAUGGUCUGCAAAAUGAGUGGUAUGGUCCAGGGCAUCUCCGUCUCAGCCUCUGUUUUCACCUUGGUUGCCAUAGCAGUGGACAGAUUUAGAUGCAUUGUUUACCCCUUCAAGCAAAAACUGACAAUAUCGACAGCCACACUCAUUAUUGUGAUAAUAUGGGUCCUGGCAAUAUCUAUCAUGUGUCCGUCUGGAGUCAUGCUACAAGUUACCAAAGAGCAGAGUGUACGUGUCUAUCUUGGGGAUGGUAACAGAACCAGUCCUUUCUACUGGUGUAGGGAGAACUGGCCCAACCAGGAGAUGAGGAAGAUCUACACCACACUUCUGUUUGCCAACAUAUACCUGGCACCCCUUUCUCUUAUUGUAAUUAUGUAUGCAAGAAUUGGCAUUACUCUGUUCAAGACUGCUGUGCCAACCGGGGGAAAACCUGGUCAUGAAAACCGCCACACCGUGUCAAAAAAGAAGCAAAGAGUCAUUAAGAUGCUCUUAAUUGUGGCCUUGCUCUUUAUCCUCUCCUGGCUCCCUUUAUGGACACUGAUGAUGCUGACCGACUACGCCAGUCUCACUGAACACCAGUAUCGCCUCAUUAACAUUUACAUUUAUCCUUUCGCCCAUUGGCUGGCCUUCUUCAACAGUAGUGUUAAUCCUAUCAUCUAUGGCUUCUUCAAUGAGAACUUUCGUCGUGGCUUCCAGGCCGUCUUCAAGUUUCAGCUCUGUUCAGCCCAUGGUCACCGGCGGAAGACCUACUCGCACAGAGUUCAGGGCAACUCAGUUCUGCCUGCCAACCCGCAGCCCUCCACUGAACCAAUCUCUCUGAACAGCCUGGAGAACAACAGCUCUAGACGAGUCAAUCACAUUAACGAGCAGGACCUGAUUAUGGAGGACCUGGAAAAGGGUUCAGAUAGCAGUGGAAUGGAGGGAGCAUCUCUCUAA